AAACCACAACUCCUACAACAAAGAAAAAUAAUAAAAAGCAAAUAAAAUGGAGUACAAUAAUAAGCAGAGAAGUAUGUUAAAGGUGUUGAUGAUGAUGAUGGUGAUGCUGAUGAUGGGAACCCAAACCCAUGCUCAGCUGAGUAGUGACUUCUACGCAAAGAGCUGUCCUUCACUAUUCCCAGCCGUGAGACAGGUCAUGCAGCGGGCGGUGGCCAAAGAACGCCGCAUGGGUGCUUCUCUCCUCCGUUUGUUCUUCCAUGAUUGUUUCGUCAAUGGAUGUGACGGAUCCAUAUUGUUGGACGACACUUCCUCUUUUAGGGGAGAGAAAACUGCAGGACCAAACAAUAACUCUGCAAGAGGAUUCGAAGUGAUAGACAAAAUCAAGUCGAGGGUUGAGAAACUCUGCCCAGGCGUUGUCUCAUGUGCAGACAUUCUCGCCAUCAGUGCCCGUGACUCCGUCAUCCUGUUAGGUGGGCCUAAAUGGAGCGUGAAGCUAGGAAGACGAGAUUCCAAAAAUGCAGGCUUCACGGCGGCCAAUACAGGCGUCAUCCCUUCUCCAUUCAGUACACUUAACAACCUCGUGAACAGAUUCAAAGCCCAAGGCUUGUCCGUACGUGACAUGGUCGCUCUCUCUGGUGCUCACACUAUUGGACUAGCCAACUGUGUCACUUUCAGGAACCGUAUCUACAACGAAACCAACAUCAACCUCUCUUACGCCUUAUCUAGACGUAAGAGCUGUCCUGCUACCUCAGGCUCUGGCGACAACAAGAAAGCCCCUCUUGACAUCGGCUCUCCCACUAGGUUUGACCAUAGCUACUACAACCAGCUUCUCGAUAAAAAGGGUCUCCUGACAUCAGACCAGGUCCUUUUCAACGGCGGUUCCACGGAUUCUCUGGUCAAAACUUACAGCCGCAGUCUAAACACAUUUUACCGUGACUUCGUAAGAGCUAUGAUUAAGAUGGGUGAUAUCAAGCCUCUUACUGGAUCCAAUGGUCAGAUCCGCAGAAACUGUCGGAGGCCCAAUUAAAUAUCUUAUUCUAAAAGCCCAUCAGGCUCAAUAAUUCUUAUUUUCAGCAAUUAUUUCAUCAAAAAACUGUGUUUAUUUUUAAGAAAUUUGUAUGUGUUUCUUCUUUCGUCAACUUAUAACCUAUAGAUAGGGCUGG